AUGGCAGAGUCAGCAGCAUUUACUGCGGUCAUUAACAAAGCAGUAGAGAUACUUCAAAUCAUGCCUCAAAUUGUCGGAACAGCCUCACGCUCCUCGUAUAGAUUGAAGGAGGACAUAGAGUGGAUUGAACGACAAAUGAGACACUUCAAAUCAUGCCUCAAAGAUGCCGAGUCAAAGAAAGUUGGAAGCCGUGAAGUUGCUAAUUUGAUAAUUGAGAUGAGAGAUCUUGCUCUGGACAUCGAAGAUAUUUUGUAUACUUACCUUCCAGAGAUGGAAAAGGGGCCAUUUCGAUUCGUUAAGGAUGCUGCUUGUAUACUAUGUUGUGGUGGCACAACCAAUACCUUUUCCCAGAAAAUUGAAAAAAUCAAGAGUCGGGCCGAAGAAAUUGAAGCCAAAAGAGAAAGAUGCCGUAUUAAUCUUGAUACAAGAUGCCGUAUUAAUCUUGAUACGGAUGGAGGUAAUGCAGAUUCGGAGGUAUGGAAUCGAAGAAAAGAAUUCCUAAUUGCCACGGAGUCAAUGGUUGUCGGUCGUGAAGAUAAAUUCCAGGAACUCAAGGAAAAAUUGAGGAGCUCAAACCCGAAGUGUAAAAUGAUAUGUAUUGUAGGGGACGCAGGUGUGGGCAAGACUACUGUUGGUAAAAAAAUAUAUAAAGAAAUGCGAAACGAGUUUACUUCUUCUGCCAUAGUCUAUGUCUCAAAUAAGCCUAGAGUCCAAGAGCUUCUACGUGACAUAGCAAAGCAAGUUGGCCUCGAAAAGGAAAAGAUGAAUGAAAAUUUGAAGCACAACUUGCUUUCUCUGCUCAAUGAAAAAAGAUAUAUAAGUGAUGAAAGCUCUCUGAUUGAAUUGAAACUCUUAGAUCAAGAAAAGAGCUGGGAACUCUUCUCCUAG